ACUUUAGUUGUCAGUUGAAGUACACUUUGCAUCUCUUGCACGCCUUUGUGGAUAAAGGAACAUACAUGGACUGACGCAAACCUCUUCCCUCUGCAUUUUUUCUCAAGACAAUUUCAAUGGAGACACUCAAGAUAUCAUCAAGAAUGCGAAACCAAAUUCUUCCCUUAAACCUCAAACCUUAUCCCCUUAUCCACAAUUCAAGAAUUCUUGGUGUAUACAGCAACAACAAAGGCAACACUUUUUCCUUUACUCUAACAUGUAAGCUCAACACAGUUAAAGGGAAAAAACCCGUCGAGGAAAAGAGUGUGAUUUCAGUGCCAGGUUCUGAUGGGGCCCCACCAGUUGUUGAAGUGAAAGAAGGGUCCAGAAAAAAUGGUGGAAAGAAAGUGGAGGAAGUGAAGAAUAUUAGUGGUGUUGGUUUUGGGAUAUUCAAGAAGUUGCCUAGAAAAGUGUUGGGAAUUUUGUCUAAUUUGCCUUUGGCUAUUGCUGAGAUGUUUACUGUUGCUGCCUUAAUGGCCUUAGGAACUUUCAUUGACCAAGGCGAGGCUCCAGAAUACUACUUUCAAAAGUUUCCUGAAGAUCAUCCUCCCUUGGGUUUUUUCAGCUGGAGAUGGGUUCUCACCAUGGGCUUUGAUCAUAUGUUCUCGUCACCCGUUUUCCUGGGAACAUUGGCUCUUCUUGGAGCAUCCUUGAUGGCUUGCACAUACACAACACAGAUUCCCCUUGUGAAGGUAGCAAGAAGAUGGUCUUUCUUAAAAUCACCAGAGACAAUUCGUAAGCAAGAAUAUGCAGAUACUCUGCCUAGAGCAUCAGUUAAAGACUUGGGUGUUAUACUGAUGGGAGCUGGAUAUGAGGUAUUCCUAAAAGGGCCAGCUCUGUAUGCAUUUAAAGGGUUAGCAGGUAGAUUCGCUCCAAUUGGUGUACAUUUAUCUCUGCUGCUUAUAAUGUCUGGAGGAACUCUUAGUGCAACUGGAAGCUUUAGAGGGGCUGUGACUGUUCCACAAGGUUUAAGUUUUGUUGCCGGAGAUGUACUUGCACCAUAUGGGUUUCUAUCCACUCCUUCUGAUGCUUUCACUACAGAGAUUCAUGUCAAUCGAUUCACCAUGGAUUACUACGACAGUGGAGAGGUCGCACAGUACCAUACUGAUCUUUCAUUAUUUGACCUUAAUGGAAAUGAAGUAAUGAGGAAGAUUAUAAGUGUAAAUGACCCCUUAAGGUAUGGGGGAAUCACUAUAUACCAGACAGAUUGGAGUAUCUCAGCACUGCAAGUACUGAAGGAUGGUGAAGGUCCUUUUAAUUUGGCUAUGGCACCACUGCAAAUGAAUGGUGGGGACAAGAAGCUGUUUGGUACAUUCCUACCAGUCAGUGAUGAUAAUUCACCCAAUGUUAAGGGAAUAUCAAUGCUCGCACGUGAUUUGCAGUCAAUUAUUCUUUAUGAUAAAGAAGGGAAAUUUGCUGGAGUUAGACGGCCUAAUUCAAAGCUUCCAAUUGAGAUUGAUGGAACAAAAAUUGUUAUUGAAGAUGCAAUUGGCAGUAGUGGCCUUGACCUAAAGACUGAUCCAGGAGUACCCAUUGUCUAUGCUGGUUUUGGUGCUCUCAUGCUUACAACGUGCAUCAGUUAUUUAUCUCAUACACAGCUAUGGGCAUUGCAAGAUGGAACAUCGGUGGUUGUUGGGGGUAAGACCAACCGAGCCAAGGGUGAGUUUCCCGACGCAAUCAAUCGCUUGCUCGAUCAAGUCCCGGAAUUAGUUGAAUCAUCUUCUCGCGAGGAACAAAGGGGGCUUGAUGUGUAACUAGCUGAUAUCGUACAACUAGGCAUUCGUUCAAGAGAUAUCAGAAACCCAGAUAUCAAACCAUUCAUACAAAAUCUUCAGCUAAUAAAGACCUUUGUCUUGAUUUUGCUAAAUUUGUGGCUUAUCACUCUUAGGACAAAUUCUAGAUCAAAUUCUUGACCCAUAUAAAAUAGUCCUUUUCUUUUUGUUGGGGGUAUUAUAGAUGUAUAGAUAAGUUUGUACUGGAAAUAUGUUUCUUGGUUGAUACAAACGCAACUGUAUAUGAACUUGUGAAUUGUACUUUGUCCAUACAGGAGAAAAUGAAAAGAUUCAAUGCUUGUAUUUGA